CAAAUAGGUAGUUAGCCGACUCCCCGUUGGAGUCGGCCACUCAAGUUAAUUCGCCACCGACUUCUCUCUACCGCAAGCGUCUAUGCUCAGGCUCUACAGGGAGUCGGCCGCUCAAGUUAAUUCGCCGCCGACUUCUCUCCACCGCAAGCGUCUGUGCUCAGGCUUUUUCGGCCCCCCUCCCUUUCUCUCUCUAAGGCCUAUCCUAAAUCCCUAAUCCCGUCGGGGCGGCGGAGAGAGAGAGAGGGGUGCGGAGGUGGAGCAUGCUCUCUUCCCCGGCUCUGCGCGACAAUGGCGCUCCCGAAACCCUGCAUCUCCUUCCCCACGGCGCGACCAAGGGGUGGGGGAAGGGGAAGGGGAAGGGGAGGAUGGUCAUCACCAUGAGGGACCGGAGCAAGAAUCGGAAGCCCACCCAGAGGGGCCGCUACCUCAGCAUCGAGGCCAUCAACGCCGUCCAAUCCCUCAAGCGCGCUCGGAUCCGCGGCGCUGAUGCGCUGGAUCGCGCCCUCGACUCGAAGCUCCGGCGCCUGAUCAUGGCCGACAUGGUCGCCGUGUUCAAGGAGCUCCUCGCGCAGGGCGAGGCUCUCUUAGCCCUCCAGGUCUUCGAAGAGAUUAGGAAGGAAUAUUGGUAUAAGCCCCAGUUAUCCUUGUACACUGAUAUGACCAAUGUGCUCGCAAGCAGCGGCUUGAACGAAAAGGUCGAAUUGAUGUGUUCAUAUCUGAAGGCGGAGUCUCUGGAGGCUGACACGGAAGGCUUCAAUUCGCUUCUCAAGGUGCUUUUGGAGUUUGGGUUCACGCAUUUGGCCGUGGACUGUUUUCGCCUGAUGAAGCUGUGGGAGAGUGACCCAGAUGAGACCACAUACAGGGUACUGAUCAACGGACUCGAAUCAAAAGGAGAAAUGGACCUUUACUCGUCUUUAAGACUGGAGGCCGAGAACUAUUUCGGUGGCCCUUUGGAGUUUCUCGGGGAGAAGGAAGAGAUCGUUGAGAGUGGUGGUGCUGUGCCUUGAGAGCAGGGAACAAUGAACUAUAUGGGGGGUCUCUGCUUAAUUUGUUUGGAUCCUAAAUGAGAAAGGAGUGCUUGGUUCGUCGACGGAACCAGGAGAUUCGUGUUGGCGGCAUCGUCGUUUCUUGUUUCUAGAUCUUGUUACUGAUUGCAUCGACGUAGCUGGUAGGAAAAUAGAAUGCCUGGCGUGCUUCAACAGAAAUGCUAUCGACGCCGGAAUCAAUAUUAGCUAUAAUUUAGAGUUUUGCGACACUGCUAGUUGUUUCUGAGGCAGGAACUGCCAACGACCAUGUUGUGGGUUAGCCAGUGUUUAUUGUGUAUAUUAUAUAUAAAAUCUGCACACCUCAAUGAUGUGUUAUGAUCAAACUGUCCUCUUAUUUACUCCUUUUUUGCUCUCGCGCAGUUGAAUA